CAUGUUCAAGUGCACAGCUCCAUCAGCCUCACAGGGAGAGUGGGAGCCGCUGUCUCCUCCCAUGAUGGACCCAGUCUACCUUGAUGAGGAAAAAACAAAGUCCGAAAAGAAGAUGACUGAUUGUCUGUCAAAUUGGUAUCAGGAGGCAGUGAGCUUUGAGGAUGUGGCUGUGGACUUCACCCUGGACGAGUGGACUUCACUGGACCCACCUCAGAGAAAGCUGUACAGUGAUGUGAUGCUGGAGAACUUCCAGAACCUGGCUGCUGUGGGAUGUGAGCUCCUUAAACCCAGCCUCAUCUCUUGGUUGGAACAGGAAGAGUUAAGGACAGGGGAGGGAAGCACUCUCAAAGAAUGGAAAGUGGAACUUAAAACCAAAGGAUCAGCAUUUGAGCAGGAUUUCCUGAUGGGACCAGCCUCCAGGGAUAUAUUCAUGGCAGGAAGCCACAAUGGAGCAGAAUUGUGUGAUCUGAAGCAUUGUAGAGACUUUAUCAGUGGACACUUAGCCCUCAAGUCAUAUAUGGCACCAGAGAAUAAAGGGAGCACUUCUGAGUAUGAUCAGUAUGGAAUAGACAUCCUUCCUCUGGACAAAGAAAUCUCUACUGGAGAGAAACUUUCUAUGUCAAAUCACUGUGAGCCAACCUUCAGCCAACCUCCAGCUGUCCUUUACCCAAGAAGGUGCCCUCAGAAACAACUCUUUGUAGCCAGUGGGCAAGCAUUUGUUGAUCAGUCAGACAUUCAGAAUGACAGCAGAAUACAGAGUGGAAACAAACUCCAUGAACUCAAUGAAAGAAGGAUAGAUUUUCUUCACUCGAACAGCCUUGCUGUACUGAUGCAAACUCAGGAUGGAGAAAAAUCCUACAAGGAUAAGGACUGUGGAAAGGACUUCAGUUAUUCUGCCUACGUUAAUAUCCACAUGGGAGCCCAUAAUGGAGAGAGCCCCUACAAAUGUAAGGAGUGCAGGAUGGUCUUUACAACAUCUUCUCAAUUCAGUGAACAUGUGAAAAGUCAUACUGUGGAGAAGCCCUUUGAUUGUAAGGUGUGUGGAAAAUCCUUUAGGACCUCCCUGUGCCUUCGUGAUCACGUUCGAAUUCACACUGGGAUAAAACCCUUCAAAUGUAAGCAUUGUGGGAGAGCCUUCAUUCAGAACUCAAACCUCACUAAGCACAUCCGCAUCCAUACUGGAGAAAGGCCAUAUGAGUGUAAAGAAUGUGGGAAAGCCUUUGUUAGGUCCUCCCGCCUUAAUGAACACAUGAGAACUCACACCGGAGAGAAGCCUUUUGAAUGUGUUAAGUGUGGGAAAGCAUUUGCUAUUUCCUCAAAUCUUAGCAAACAUCUGAGGAUUCACACUGGAGAAAAGCCCUUUGAGUGCAAGCAAUGUGGGAAAGCAUUUACACAUUCCUCUAGUCUGAAUUAUCACAUUCGGACACAUAGUGCCAAAAAACCAUACACAUCUGUAUGUGGGAAAGCCUUUAGGUUUCCUGUAUGUCCCAAGAAAGCAGGUGAGAAAUCUAUUGCACCUUGUCAGCACACAGAUUCCACCAACCUCACUAGGGGGCCAGAUCUUGACAAAUGGGACAGGUUUGGGCCUGACAGUGUAUCUGCUAUUGCAAGGUGGUCUGGAUUCAAUGGGAACUGGAAGGUGGCAAAAGAUGAGUUUGGGAUGAAGUCUCUGGGCCAUCAGUCCUACGGGUGCUGCCGGGAGCCAAUUUCCGUCUCGUUCAGGGCGCGCUUGCUCGGGCUGUGCUCGGAAACGGACCGCUCGUCUUUCAAAGGCUCCGUGGUGUUUGAUCUUUUGCCCCGAGGAGAGGAAUUCUGCCCCAGUCAAGUUCCCUGGACACCGGCGCUGUGUUCUCUGGCUUCACAGACCCGGCGAGUCCGGUGCGUCCGGAGUAACUCAGUCUACCUUCAUGAAGAAAAGACAAAGUCUGAAAAGAAGAUGAAUGACUGUCUUUCAAAGUGGUAUCAGGAGGCAGUGAGCUUUGAGGAUGUGGCUGUGGACUUCACCCUGGACGAGUGGACUUCACUGGACCCACCUCAGAGAAAGCUGUACAGUGACGUGAUGAUGGAGAACUUCCAGAACCUGGCUGCUGUGGGAUGUGAGCUCCUCAAACCCAGCCUCAUCUGUUGGCUGGAACAGGAAGAGUUACGGACGGGGAAGGGAAGUGCUCUAGAAGAAUGGAAAGUGAGAUCUAAAACCAAAGGAUCAACAUUUCAUCAGGAUUUAUUGAGGGGACAAACCUCCAGAGAGAUAUUUAUGCAGGCAGGAAGCCACAAUGGAGCAGAACUCUGUGAUUUGAAGCAUUUUAGGGACUUCAUCAGUAGACACCCGGCCCUCAAGUCAUAUAUAGCACCGGAGAAUAAAGGGAGCACUUCUGAGUAUGAUCAGUAUGCAAUAGACAUCCUUCCUCUGGACAAAGAAAUCUCUACUGGAGAGAAACUUUCUAUGUCAAAUCAGCAUGAGCCAACCUUCAGCCAACCUCCAGUUGUCCUUUACCCAAGAAGGUUCCCUCAGGACCAACUCUUUGUAGCCAGUGAUUGCGGGCAAGCAUUUGUUGAUCAGUCAGACAUUCAGAAUGACAACCGAAAACAGAGUGGAAACAAACUCCAUGAACUCAAUGAAAGAAGGAUAGAUUUUCUUCACUCGAACAGCCUUGCUGUACUGAUGCAAACUCAGGAUGGAGAAAAAUCCUACAAGGAUAAGAACUGUGGAAUGGAUUUCAGGUAUUCUGCCUACCUUAAUAUUCACAUGGGAGCCCAUAAUGGAGAGAACCCCUACGAAUGUAAGGAGUGCAAGAUGGUCUUUACAACAUCUUCUCAAUUUAAUGAACAUGUAAAAAGACACACUGUUGAAAAGCUGUUCGAGUGUAAGUUGUGUGGGAAAUUCUUCAGGAACUCUUCGUGCCUUCACGAUCACUUUCAAAUUCACAGUGGGAUAAAACCCUUCAAAUGUACAGAUUGUGGCAAAGCCUUCAUUCAGAAUGCAGAGCUCACCAAGCACGUCCGCAUCCACACAGGAGAGAGGCCAUAUGCGUGUAAAGAAUGUGGGAAAGCAUUUGCCAGAUCCUCCCGCCUCAAGGAACACAUGAGAACUCACACUGGAGAGAAGCCUUUUGAAUGUGUUAAGUGUGGGAAAGCAUUUGCUAUUUCCUCAAAUCUUAGCAAACAUUUGAGGAUUCACACUGGAGAGAAGCCCUUUAAGUGCAAGGAAUGUGGGAAAGCAUUUACUCAUUCCUCUGGUCUGAAUCAUCACAUGCAGACUCACAGUGGAGAAAAACCAUGUGAAUGUAAACAAUGUGGGAAAUCCUUCAGAGAGAAAAUUUCUAUGUCAAAUCACCUUGCUGUGCUGGUACAAACUCAUAAUGCAGAAAAACCAUAUAAGUGUAAGGAAUGUGGAAAGAGCUUCAAGUGUUCUGCCUACCUUAAUAUUCAUAUAGGCGCCAACAGUGGAGGCAACCCUUAUGAAUGUAAGGAAUGUGAGAAAACCUUCACUAGGUCUUGCCAGCUCACUGAGCAUAAAAAAACUCACACUUAUGGUGAGAAGCCAUUUAAGUGUAGAGAAUGUGGGAAAGCCUACAAAAUUUCUCCAUGCUUAAAUCAACAUUUGAAAGCUCAUGUUGGAGAAAAACCCUAUGAAUAUAACAAAUGUGAGACUGUCUUUACAACAUCUUCUCAAUUCACUGAACAUAUGAAAAACCACACUGUUGAGAAGCUUUAGAGUGUAAUUGGGAUAAAACCCUUCAAAUGUAGGGAUCAUGGGAAGGCCUUCAUUCAGAAUGCAGAGCUCACCAAGCAUAUCUGCAUCCACAAAGGAGAGAGGCCAUAUGAGUGUAAAGAAUGUGGGAAAGCAUUUGCCAGAUCCUCCCGCCUCAAGGAACACAUGAGAACUCACACUGGAGAGAAGCCAUUUGAAUGUGUUAAGUGUGGGAAAGCAUUUGCUAUUUCCUCAAAUCUAAGUAAACAUCUGAUAAUUCACACUGGGGAGAAGCCCUUUAAGUGCAAAGAAUGUGGGAAAGCACUUUCACAUUCCUCUAGUCUGGAUAAUCACAUGCAGACUCACAGUGCCAAAAAGCCUACAUGUGUGGUAUGUGGGAAAGCCUUUAAGUUUUCCACAUGAGUUACCCUUCACAUGCAAAUCUAGACUGGAGAAAAACCCUAUUAAUGUAAAACGUGUGGGAAAUUGAGGUAUUCCAAUUCAUUUCAGUUACAUGAAAGAACUCACACUGGAAAGAAAAGCUCUCAGUUCUUAAGUUCCUUACAGAAUCAUCAAUGA